AUGCCAGGAAGUGGAACAUGUUCCGCUCAAGUCUUUGCAGAGAAGAUGACCUUCUGGAAAGUCACAAUGGCUCUUCUCCUGGGCUUGCUGCUCACACGGCGAGGCCUGCUCCUCGCCACCUGCCAGACGUUUGACCACAGCCUGGGCGCCGUGAGCGUGGAGCCGUCUCAGCGCUUUGAGCUGGGCUCCGACCUGACCGUCUUCUGCCACAUCUCAGCAUGUAAGGAGAGGUACCAAAUUUCCUUGGAGUUGAACUCCCAACCUGUGGCUCUAUGGAAGAGAGAAAACUGCAGCCUGGCCAUCUUCCGCCUGUCCAAGGUGGCGCAGCCUCGAUCCAGCCUGCUGUGCCUGCUGAAGACUGACAGCCCACAGCGCUGGGUAGUUGGUGGUGUGGACCUGAUUGGUGGACGCCCCCCUGAUAAGCCCCUAAACCUCAGCUGUGUGACCACGAGGCGGUGGGAGCAGGUGGAGUGCUCAUGGCGGCGAGGACGAGACCCUCAUGUUGCUACUUCCUGCAACGUGUCCUUCAGCAGGUGCUGGCAGUGCAGGGAGAACUCCAGCACACAACAUUUAGGAUGCAGCCUUGACCAGCAGCACCUCAUCCUACCUCCGACUCUGCGAGCUGGAAACACCUCAUAUCAGCUGAUUGUCACCGCGCACAACGAGUUUGGACGCGUGCAGUCGGACGUCUUUGAGUUCACCCUCCACGACAUCGUGGUACCACAGAGUCCUGUCAUCCAGCACAUCCACUUCAAGAAGAAUUCCUCCAGGCUGGCGGCCAUCUUGCGGUGGAAUACAUCUGAGCGUGUGCAACACCUGCGAGCGUCCGUCAGACGGCGGCGGCGUACUAACUCUUCCUGGGACGUGAGUCAGGUGACCCGCCUCGCCGAGGAUGAGGUGCAAGUAGACGGCCUGGAGCCUCUGGUGGACUACGAGUUCCAGAUGAUGUUGUGUGACUCCGCCCCCUACGUGGAUGCAGGUCAAAGGUCACGCUGCAGCAAAUGGAGUCCAUCAAUGACCAUGAGAAGUCCUGGAAAAGGCCCGUCUAAGCCUCUGAGUGUGUGGAGGGUGUUAACCAAUCAGAAAUCAGGUUCUCUGAGGAAGGUGACACUUUUAUGGAAGGCUCCGCCUCCAGACGACUACAGCGGACAGGUGGAAUGUUAUAGAAUCUCGCUGGGCCAGGAGAGCAAACAGGAAGUGAGGUGUAAUGCCUCGCUCACACAAUGUGACCUUCAGGUGCAUCACGACAUCUCAGCGCUCAGCCUGAGUGUCAACACCACCUUUGGCACCUCCCCCCCUGCACACCUGCCCCUCACGCUGUCAGGUUUGAUGGCGGGCGUGAGAUACAACAUCUCUCUUUACGCCGUGAGCAGCAGAGGAGUCAGCACCCCCAGCUCCAUCCUGGUCUACUCCAAACAACUAAAACCAGUUUCUGGUCCUUUUGUGUCAGUUGUGGUCCACAAGAAAGGACGGAUCCACAUCCAGUGGGAGGAUCCUGCGGUAGAGCAGCAGCGAGGAUUCUUCACAAACUACAACAUUUAUCUCCACACGCCACAAUCUCUACCAUCAGUGACCAUGAGUGCGCCAGGGUCCAGAGAGACAUGGCUGGACUGUCCUGAUGGACUUGUCUUUGUCCAGAUGUCCGCGUCCACAUCAGCUGGAGAAGGUCAGCGGGGGAACCUGAUCUCCUCUCAGCCUGUGGACCCUGCAGCUGGACUGAGCGUCCUGGUCUUCAUGGUUGUGGUCUUCAGUGCCGUACUAGUGUCUAUCAUCUGUUGGUGCUGUCUGGACCAGAGGGAGCUGUCCUUCUCCAGUCUUGACAAGGACCCCCCGCUGUCCCCCAUCAGCUGUGUCUCCCAGGACGACCUGUACCCCUGCAUCCAUGACGACCAGCCCACAGCCAUGGCCACAAUGGCAGACGGGUACGCACCUCAGCUGACGGCAGCCUCAGCCUCAGCAGGAAGAACCACGAUGACCACGACCACGAUGACCACGGAGGCGAGCACAGGCUGGAAGACGCCAGAAGAGGACCAAUGUCCCAGCGACUUGGCUUUGUUGGCCAACUUCCUGACCUGUGCCGACUCGGACCCCCACAUGUCGCCCUCUAGUGGCAACCUGAGCACGCAAGCCAUGCUCGCUCGCAGGGACCCUGAACGCAUCGCAGACCGUGGCCCCGCCCCAUUGGACGCACACCAAGGUCGUCAACUUCCUCAGCCUCGUCUCACUUCUCAUAGAGCAGAUGACACAGAGGGGAAGCACCUCAGUGCAGCUCCUCAACGCCUUCUCACUUCUCAUCUCCACACUUCUUCUUCUUCUGACGCCGUGCGUGCGUGUGUGACAGGAGCUGAGGGUGGAAAUGACGUUGACAGCGCGGUGUACGAGAAGCCAUGA